CUUUCUCACAUUCCUCAUUGUAUAAAUCCUCUUCUCUGAGGGGGUAUAAAUUGUUUCAUGUGUAUUGAAACGGCAUUUGUUUGGUUAGGGCUGUCUCAAUAAGUCUUUGAGUCAACCCCCGGACACAUGGAAUGAUGCAGCAGCCAACUGCUGUGAGUGCUCCAGCUACAAUGAUAAGAGAGGUCAAGAUGGACAAUGCCACCCCUUUCCACUUUCCACACCGGCUUUCCAACCAUCCAGUGAGAGGAUUAUUAAUACCUGAAUUCCCUGCUAAUUCUUCAGAUAAAGUGGUUAGACCUUGCAAAGCUUUGGUGAUGGUCCCAUCAGGUGCUGUAUUAUUUGGGAUAAAUGUACUACAACUGCCGCCAAUCAUUACACAACGCCUCCUUUUUCAGCCAGCAUCAUGUCUAAGGCUAUUCUUUUUCCCAUGCCAUUCGGCUAGUAGCAUCUAGCUGCUCUGCGAUGCCCUUAACCGCAUCUUUGGUGUAAUUGAUGAACCUUUGUUGGUUACAAUAUAUAUAAUUAAUCCAGUCUACAUUCUUAUUAAUCGUGACCGACCAGAACAAAAAUGACUCAAAUCCUGCAACUAUUUGAUUCCUAGCCUUAAACUCAUCUGGGAUCCCCCAUGGAACUCCUAUAUGUCUAAAUAUAUCCGGUCGUCGAAAGAACCAGGCCUUGGACCCAGGAGCAGGGUGCUGCUGGUCCUGGGGUCCUGCACUCAGCUCCGCCAUGGCGGCCCCAGAUGUGAGUGUCCACAUGGAGGAGGUGGUGGUGGUGACAACACCCGACACUGCGGUGGACGGCAGCGGUGUGGAGGAAGUGAAGACUGUGCUCGUGACGACCAACCUGACCCCUCACGGGGGUGACCUGACAGAAGAUAACAUGGAGACGGAAAACGCAGCGGCAGCUGCCGCAGCCGCCUUCACAGCUUCCUCACAGCUCAAGGAAGCCGUGCUGGUGAAGAUGGCUGAAGAGGAGGAGAGCCUGGAGGCCGAAAUCGUGUACCCCAUCACCUGUGGGGACAGCCGGGCCAGCCUGAUCUGGAGGAAGUUCGUGUGUCCCGGCAUCAACGUCAAGUGCGUCCAGUACGACGAGCACGUGAUCAGCCCAAAGGAGUUCGUCCACCUGGCCGGCAAGUCUACUCUGAAGGACUGGAAGAGAGCCAUCCGCAUGAACGGCAUCAUGCUCAGGAAGAUCAUGGACUCCGGCGAGCUGGACUUCUACCAGCACGACAAGGUCUGCUCCAACACCUGCCGCAGCACCAAGAUCGACCUCUCGGGGGCCCGCGUGGCCCUGAGCAGCCCCACCUCGGCCGAGUACAUCCCGCUCACCCCCGCCACGGCCGACGUGAACGGGUCUCCUGCCACCAUCACCAUAGAGACCUGCGAGGACCCUGGGGACUGGGCCACAGCCAUUGGAGACGACACGUUUGCCUUUUGGCGGGGUCUGAAGGAGGCUGGCCUGCUUGACGAGGUCAUCCAAGAGUUUCACCAGGAGCUGGCGGAGACCAUGAGGGGCCUGCAGCAGCGGGCACAGGACCCUCCCCUGCAGCUCCGAGACGCUGUGCUGCUGAACAACAUUGUGCACAACUUUGGCAUGUUGGACCUGGUGAAGAAAGUGCUGGCCAGCCACAAGUGCCAGAUGGACCGUUCUCGGGAGCAGUACGCCCGGGACCUGGCAGCCUUGGAGCAGCGCUGUGACGAGCACCGGAAACGCGCCAAGGAGCUGAAGCACAAAUCCCAGCACCUGAACAACGUGCUCAUGACUCUGACCCCCGUCUCCCUCCCACCGCCCACAAAGCGACCCCGGCUAGCAAGGGCCACGUCCGGGCCGGCCGCCAUCGCCUCUCAGGUGCUGGCCCAGUCCACGCAGAUCGCCCUCCCGCAGGGCGUGCCCGUCUCCCAGCUGGCCAGCGUGCCCCUCAGCAAAGUGGUGUCCACCCUGCCCUCCACCCUCCUGAGCAAAGGCUCCCCACAGGCCCCCCCUGCCAGCUCCCCAGCCUCCCCGCUGCUGGGGGGCUACACGGUACUGGCCUCCUCGGGCUCCACCUUCCCCAGCACCGUGGAGAUCCACCCGGACGCAUCCAGCCUCACAGUGCUGAGCACGGCCGCCAUGCAGGACGGCAGCACUGUGGUCAAGGUGGUGAGCCCACUGCAGCUGCUCACCCUGCCCGGCCUGGGCCCUGCCCUGCAGAACGUGGCGCAGGUGGGCCCUGGGGCCAGCACGAUCGUGACUGUGCCCGCGGGCACUGUCGAGAGUGCCGUGGCUGCGCCAGGGCCUGAGGAGCACACAGCCACCAUUGAGGUGGCCACCGUGGCAGAGGGUCACGAGCAGAAGUAGCUGGCAGCCGGUGGGCCAGGCCCUGUUGGGCCGGACAGGAGUAUGCCGCCUCUCCUCGGCCUGCCGGGGGUGCGGGCGGGGCGCAGGGGCUGGCGGGGUGCGGGGAAGGCCACCGCGGGGCUGCUGAACCAAAGAGACAGGAAACACCAAAAACCCACGGAAAGAGAAGAGGGGAUAGACAGAUGGCACCAGCUUCUGAAGUCAGUCUCCAAGUCCUGACCUCUCUCCCUCUUUUCUCUUGGGAAAUAUAUUUUUCCACCUGUUGUUUAUUGAUGCCGUUUACACGUUGGGCCUGCAGCAGGAGCCAGGGGAGAUGGCGGGAAGGAGGUGGCGUGGGGCCCCGAGCAGGGAGCAAGGAGGAGGCACUUCCGGGAGGAGGCCCUGAGAGCCCCCGGGUCCCAGCUGGGCUGCGGGGGAUGACUGUCGAGCCCUGGGGUCCUGGCCGCCAGGAGGGACCGUGCCCAGGUGUGCACACACCGUGGCUCUGUGGGCUCAGACCUGUGGGCAGGCAGCUGGAGAGGGAGCUGGAGGGUGGGCUGGGCCUGGGCAGCACCCACGCUUCCCCUGUGUCUGUGGGCAAGCAGGACGGCCCUGCUUUCAGCCCCAGGCAGACCCCCAGGCUCUGGGGCCCUGCACACAUUCCGUGGGCAUUUUUAAGUGAACUCUUUAGGCUUUCAGAAGUCAAUUUUAUAGCCUUGUUAACCAAAAUAACGCUGAGUGCCCGGGCUUCCUGUCAGCUCUGGAAGCCAUGUCCUCUCUGUGGAAGGGCCGUCAGGGGUGGGCCCUGAGGUGGCUGCGAGGGCCUGGCCAUGUGGGGACCUCAGCGGCCUUGUGCUGUCCCUUGUCCCUGCCUGCACAGCACCCCGACCCCGGGAGUGGGCCAUGACCCCCACAUGGGGGGCCCCUGCUGGGGUCGCUCCUCAUGGGCCUUCAGCAGGACAGGAGCAGUGAGGGAUUUGCAGAGAUGCAGUCCCCAGGAGUGUCCCAGAAGUGCUGGUGGCUGCAGGGGCCCCCCUUUUGCUGGGGGAGGCUGUGCCUUCAGGUGGGGUGGCUUGGUGACGCCCCCUUCGUGCAGCCUGCUGGUGGUGCCGCCGCCAUACCCUCAGGUCCUUGGACCCCUUGGCAGUCUCCCCUGCGGUGGAGCUGCGCUUGGUGAUGCUCAGCCCCCGGCUACCCGGGUCACUUGGAACCUACCCAGUGUCCUGCAGGGAGCGUGGCCAUUGCGGAGAGCUGGAGCCGGCCGGGCCCCGGGGCGAGAUGGUUGUGGGUGAGCUGCCCAGGCUGGCGGUGGGGACACUGCCGCAGGUUUGUGGCCCUCACCUGGGCUUGCUAGGAAGACCUUGCCGCGGGCUGCCCUCCGAGGUGCACAGGCCACUCUGCUCAGGGAGCACUGUCGUCUGGGUCAAGGACACGGGUCCCGUGGCGACCGGCUGAGGGCAGCUGCCCCAAAGGGCACCUGGUGUGCUCGGAGGCCACGCCAGCCCCGGCGCUGUCCCGCUCAGGGUCCUCCAGCCUUCCUGAGCCCCACGGGGUCACAGCAGGUGGUGCCUGCCAGGAGCCCUUGGGGGACGGGCACCUGCCACGUCUCGGCUUCGAAGGGAACUGGUGUCCGUCCAUCCCAUCGUGUGCCCCAGACCACACUUCAGCGCUUUUCGCAGUGAUCGCGCCCUGUCCCCCACCACACCCCCACCACAUCAAGCUACUCAAAUUCUGUUACAUUUUGGUCACUGUUGCGUGUCGGCGGGUGUCUGCCAUGCCUCCUUAUGUGUUCACACUCGUGGUCACUCCUGACCCCGCGGGCCUUGGAGCUGGUCCCUGCCCUCGGAGCCAGUGACCUUCAAGCGGCUUCCCUUUCUCAAAACCUCACACACUCCUUUCAAUCUGUGUGUGGUCGCACAGAGCAAGCCUGCAGGCUGCGAACCUGUUCUGCCUCUGUCCCUUAGACCAUUGAGGUACCGGAAGAAAAUAGUCAUUUCGGAGCCGCAUGAGAGUAAGCACAGGCAAGCCCCCCACUUAAUACCACUUGCCCACCCCAGUGCCUCUGGAGCCAGUCACGGGGGCUGGGGGGUCAUUCCAUGAGUCCUCCACCCAGCACCGUCCUCAAGAAGUCACACCCCACCAAGGAGAGGGACCCCCAGGCCUCCUGCCACCAGGGCCCUCUCCCCGUGCACCCACCAUCCCAGCCCACCCCGAGGGGCUGGGGUCCCCACCCUGAGGGAGCCUGGCCAGCAUCCAGAGCAGGGGCGCCUUCCAAACCAGACGGAACACGGGUUUCAGUACGAUGGCUAAGCAGGGGGGGCUCCUGGCCCUGGCCUGGGUUUUCUGAGAACGUAGGAUUGAGUGUGAAGUUCUCAGGAAGGGUGAGUGUUUCUCAUUGAAGCUACUGCCCAGGCGGGUGGGAUGGGCAGCACUGGAGUUCCACUUCAUGUUUUGCAAGUAUCAGCUCAGUAUUUUGACUGAAAAUAAAACGUUUUUCAUA